CUGCCAGUAAAGGCGAGAAGCCGGAGGGAGCCGCGCGAGGAAGAUGGCGCCGGCGCGACGCCUCUCGGGGUCCUGGGUGCCUCGGCUGCUCCUCCUCCUCCUGGCCGGGGCUCUGGCGCUGGGGCGCAGCGAGGCGCUGGGCGCGCUCAACCUCCACGAGCUCAGCGAGCUGAAGUACGGCAUUGAAAUCGGCGCCGAGCCCGUGAUGGCCGGGCAGAGCAAGUCAUCUGAUGUGGUGAGUAUCUCAUCCAAAUACAAGCAGAUGUACGAGUGCCGGCUACCUGCUGCCGCAGUGAAGAUCCACCAGGAAAAAGAGGAACACCCACGGAGUUACAGUGGACUUGGAAUCUCAGAACUGCUGAAGCCCAUGGAAGUGGCUCCUUGCCUUACCAAGACCAAGGACUGGUGGACGUACGAGUUCUGCUACGGGAAGCACAUCCAGCAAUACCACAUGGAAGAGUCUGAAAUCAAAGGUGACAUUCUGUACCUGGGGUACUACCAGUCCGCAUUCGACUGGGACAACGAAACUGCCAAGGCUUCCAAGCAGCACAAGCUGAAGCGUUACCACAGCCAGACCUAUGUCAACGGAUCCAAGUGCAACUUGAACGGGAAGCCCCGGGAGGCUGAAGUCAGGUUUCUGUGUGAGGAAGGUUCAGGUGACUACAUUGCCCGUGUGGACGAGCCCCAGUCCUGCUCCUACGUGCUGACCAUCCACACCACCCGCAUCUGCCACCACCCAUUUCUGCGGCCACCGUCCACUGCCACCCCUCAGACCAUCCGCUGUCACCCGGCCCUGAGCCCUGCAGAAUAUGUGGAAUAUGUCAAGGCCCAAGUGUCUGACACAAAGCGCAAAGUGGAGGAGAUCUCUGAAGAGCUGAAGACUCUAGACACACGACUGUGGAACGAGCGAGACCCCAACUCUGCCGUUCAGGAUUCAGAUGGCAAUGUGACCCCAGAGCCUCUUCCAACUGCUUCUCCUCCUGAAAGCGACCCAGGUGAUGACUCUGAUUUCUGGGAGAGAGCGCUGCGGGGAGGUGAGAAGACAGCCCAGAUGCCAGACCAAACAAAGGAGGAAGAGCCAAUCAUGAAGACAGCAGACAGUCACCUAGCAGAUUUCAAGAGAAAAAUCCACUUCAAAGUUAUCAAGAAUCCUGGGGACCUGGUGCAGUUUAUUCGUGACUUGAAGGAGAAUGCCAGGAAGGACAAAGUAAUGGUGAGAGAACCAGAGGAAGCAUCUCAAGAAACUCCACCCAAAAGUGAGCCAUCGUUAGGGACAGAGCACUCUGAAGAAGGGGCCCAGGAGGAUGAGAAAGAUGAGGAAGACCUGCUGGGGAAGUUUGAGAAGGAACUGGAAGACAUCCUGCUGCCUAAGUCAGAAAUGGCCAAGCUGAAGGAGGAGGUAAAAUCUGAGAUGGAAAAGGAGUUUGGUCACAUCAUUAAUGAGGUGGAGGAUGAGUUGGAAACAGAAGGCCUGAAAGGUGAGUUUGAUCGAAAGCAAGCCUCCAAGUCUUUGGCGUCUACCCUCAACAAGCUUAUUGACAAGCUGGAUCCUGGCAAAGACUUGAAUAAAGGAGAUAAGGAGCAGGAGCCACAGCCAGGGGAGGAAGAAGAGGUAGCAGAUGGGGAAGAUACUGCUGAAGAAGACGUAGCCAAACCAGCAACCGAUGGCGACCCAGACGGGCGCGUGAAAGUCAGGGUCACUAAAGUAAAGCCAGGCAGCGCACAGCAGAAGCUGCUGCGAGUCCAAGAGAUGAGCAGGGACAACCCACAGCUGCGCCACAUAGAGAGUGUGGUUAAGGACCUGUUGGAGAAGGAAGGCCUGAAGGCAGAAGGUAAAAUUGAAAUCAAGAUUGUGACCACGGGUGGCCUGGGCGAGGAUGAUGAUACCCAUUGGCUGUCAGAAGAGGACACCAAAAAUCUCAAGGACAUCUUCUUCAAUAUUCUGAUCCAGGGUACGGAAGAAGCUCAUAAAGAGCAGCGGAGGCAGCGACAGCUGGAAGACAACUAUCGUUUUGUGUGGGGGCGCAGGCAGGAUGAAUUACCAGCUGCUGGCAGCGCUGAUUCAGAUGAACUGGAUUUCUGAACCUCAACCAGCAUUGGAACUUGGUCACCUGUGGCUUUCCCCCCUCCAAGACUUCUUGGGCACCGUUUCAGUUGCUCGCCAGGAAGAGCAGCGUGUUUCAAUAGUGACCAGAAUCCCAUUAGAACUGCCUACAAAGUGACUGGCAAGUGUGGGCGGCAUCUCUUGCCCCUACUUCUCUUCAUUGGACCCACUACCGUCUCAUGAGUUUCUCUCUUUCUCUUUCUUUCUCUCCCUCCUUCCCAUCCCCUUCUCUCUCUGUCUCUCUCAAGUACCCUCAGGCAUGUCCCCACCAUAGCCUAAAAGGCUUCCAUAAACUGCCUCACAUGGCCACGGCAGCCUUGGUGCCAAAUCUGUGGUGCCCUCCCAUGCCAUGCUGUUGGUGUCAACCCUCACAGUCUCAUGCCAGCUGUGCUUGGCAACAGGAGCAACAAAAACCAGGCCACCCACUUGACUCAU